AUGUCAUUCACCCUGAUAAGGACGUUCUGUACAGGAAAUUAAACCGUCGAUGGGAAAAUAAAUACAAACAGAGCCAUUUUGGGAAAUGAGUCCAAAAAGUUCAAACGGACACGAGGUGUAUGAAACAGAACACCCAAGUUAUAAUGUCUGUCGUUUCCCCGCCACGCCAGGAUAAAGCAAGAUUCAUUCACAUGCCACUAUACAAACCAUCCUCUAUUUGAGGCCUCUGUUUUGAAACGGAACUGUUUAGGACAAAACGAACAUCAAACCACAAGCAAUGAUGGCUGGACUUAAUGGACCGUAACCCACAUUCUUAUGAGGCUUAAAUACCAAAGCUCUCGUUUCACGGCGCAUUGCAAACCCAACAAUAACAUUGGCAUAGUUUUAGUUGGCAACUUUUAACAGGGUGACAAAAGAAUACAUUGGAAUAGCGAUUGGCUUCACCGACAUUAUACUCGGUACGGGUGGUAACUUACUUACAAUCAUCGCUGUUGGAACGAACAGGGAAAUGAGAAGAAAUAGCUUCAACAUGCUUAUAGUCAACCUUGCUAUUAUAGAUCUGUUAACCGCGCUAGUCAUGAUGCCUUUUAACGUGAUGGGGUAUAUUCUUAUGGAUUGGCCACUAGGAACGACCACUUGCAUAUUGCAAGCUUUCUUCUACUUUUCUUGCGGCUACACGUCAGUUGUAUGCCUCAUAUCAAUCACAGUGAAUCGACUUAUUGGGAUUGUUUUUCCUAGCAGAUACACCAGCAUAUUCACCGACCAGCGCGUUCGUUACGUCAUCUUCACAUGUUGGAUAUUUGCCCCUGCAUUUCUAAUGCCGUUCCUUAUUGCGUCACUGUUACGUCACUAUAACAAACAACCUUUAAUAACGGGGUGGAAUAAGAAACAAUUCUUGUGUACGUUUGUUAACCUGGGGCAACCUGGUUUGGCAGAUUGGGCAAAUUAUAUGAAGGCGAUUCGAGCAAUAUUUCAGUUUAUGCCGACAGUUAUAAUGGUUAUAAGUUAUGCUAUUAUGGUGUAUUACGUGAAAAAGAGCAACAAACGUUUCGAAGCUUUGAAACACCCAGGAUAUAACGAGUACAGGCGUAAAAUGCUUUCUAAAGAUAGCAGACAAAAUUCUGAAAACGUCAUUCAAGUACGUCACGCUGAUGACGUCAGUGGUGACGUCACGAAAGAAAAUGACGACAAGUCAAAUAUAAGUCCGCUUUCCCGAAGUGGAAGUAUGCUCAGCAGAAUAUCAACUAUGGUGUGGCGGAACGAAAGCAAUAUAUCCAGAACCCCGUCACAGGCCUUACGGAAAGUAAACAGGUCACACAGCCAACAGGAACGCCACAUACAGGAAAAACACUUGGCUUACCUCAGCAUAAUAAUAUGCGUGACCUUCAACCUACUUUUUCUACCAAGCUUAGUGGUCAGUUAUAUUGGGUCAAAGGACCCGAGACCAAACAUGGUUGCAUCCAACGUCACGUGGUUUAACAGCUGUGUAAAUCCGAUUAUCUACGUCAUAAUGCAUAAAGGGAUGAGGAGAGAAUACAAAAAGUUAAUACGAAAAAUAUUUUUAAGUGUACGAGACCGUUUUGUUAAAAAGUCCCCUACUGUACUAACGACUCGCGUUUAAGCUAAUGCUGUACAUGGAUGUACUAAUUACGUGCCAAAGUUCCAAUCAUAUUUUGCAAUUGAUAAGAUGUAUCUUUACUGUUUUUUGUGUUGUGUGUAAACGUUGUUUCACUUUGUUUUAAUACACUUUUAAUACCAAAACUGAAAAA